AUGGACCCUCCCAAUCCUCCCCCGGAGAGAGUCGCAACCAGCCUUGAGAAUUUCUACCAGAUUCAGAGAGAGAAGCAGGCCGAGAGGGAGGCAGCCGCCACCCCCCAGCCAAACACCACGGCCGACGAUUUUCCCGAUGACCCGGUCGCGCAGUGCGCCUUAGUCAACCAGAUGGUGCAAGCCAUGCAGAACAUGGAUGAUAUCGUCGACAACUUUGUCGAUAACCCCAACGAGAACGACGCCGUUCGUUUCGUUCUAUCUGUUCCGAGAAAGGAGCUACUGGAAGAGAGUUGGAAGCUCUUCCCCGCCUUUCUAACUCUUUUCAUUGUGAAGGGCAAGGCUUACAACGCCCAGCGUGGAAUCCUCGACCCCGACGUGUUCUCGCCGGAGAUUCCCAACUUCAUCACCAGAUGGCGGUUGAUGAUGGGAACAUUCAGACAUUGCAAGGCUGCUGUCUCAGACUUGUUCUCCGUGCCCUUUGUGCAGAGAUACACGGCUAAUCCGGUCAUGGAGUUGGAUACGAAGGUAUCAAACAACCAUACAAAUAGGAUGAGGAAGUACAACAAGGAGGUCCAUGGAGCUGACAAGUAUGGAGGGGGCACGACCACGGUUGGGGACGUUACCGAGGCCAGAAAUGGCUUGGGUGAAGUUGUUGAACGAUUUAUCAAACCGAGAAAGCGUCCUCUUUCCGAGCUACUGGAUGAGGACCUGGCGAGGUUUGCCGAAGUCAAGCGCCUGAGAACCCGCACGGCCACCGGAGGUUCUGCUGCUUCUGGAGGCGCAUCUGGCAUCACCGCGGCCGUCGGUAUCAUGCCCACACUUCAAGGGCAACCCGCCAACAUGCAAGAACAGCCUGCCUCUCAGGAGCAACAUACCACCAUCCAGGAAACCCCCGCCGCCAUGCGGUAUGAAGCGGCAUCCAUCCAAGAGGAACCCAUCAUCGAUAAGCAACUUGCUCAUCAGCAGAACCAAGAGGGAUCAGAACCUCUUGUUGUUUCCAAUGGCCUCAGCAGCCCUGAGCCCGGGUUCGCCAACUACAGCCCUCUUGACCAGCUCCAGGCGCCCGAUCACCACCAGUCAUUGGACGGAGAGUUUGGCUACAACUCGCUGAAUCAGUAUCUGCCUGCUCCCGAGGUCGGCGCAGAUGCCGGUUCCUUGACGUGGGAUCAAGAGCAUCAGCAGCCCGACGAUUUCCUUGAUUUCUUUGACCUCGACGAAUACAUCCGCCGUUCCCAACCCAUCGCUGGUAGUUCCGAAGACAAUAAUGGCAGUCAAGCUGACGAGGGAUCUGGAUCUACGGAUCAGUCCAAGAACUAG